AUGGUGUUGGAGGCGACUAUGAUAGUGGUGGACAACAGUGAGAGCAGCAGGAAUGGCGACUAUGUCCCGUCGCGAUUUGAAGCGCAAGAGGACGCCGUCAACCUCAUCUUCUCGGCCAAGAUCCAGUCCAACCCAGAGUCGUCAGUUGGUCUUAUGAGCAUGGGCGCCACCGGCCCCGAGGUUCUUACUACCUUGACUACCGACAUGGGCAAGAUUCUGGAUGGCCUGCACCGCACCAAGAUAAGAGGAUCGCCGCACUUCUCAACCGGCAUCAACAUUGCGGCGUUAGCACUCAAGCACCGCCAGAACAAGUCCCAGCGCCAACGCAUCAUCGUCUUCACCUGCAGCGCCCUCCCUGAGGACGAGAAGUCACUCGUCAAGCUUGCCAAGCGCAUGAAGAAGAACAACAUCAAUGUCGAUAUCAUUGCUUUCGGAGACCUUGCCCCGGAAAACGUCAAGAAGCUCGAGGCUUUCAACGAGAACGUCAAGGGUGGCGAUGGAUCGCAUCUUGCCAUCAUCCCACCGAGUUCCAACCUGCUUAGCGACGCCAUCGUCACGACACCCAUAAUAGGCGGAGAGGCCGCGCCUGGCGGUGGUGCUGGUGGCGCUGGUGCUCAGGGCGGCGAGGGCGGUGGUCAAGAAUGGGAGUUCGGCGUCGACCCUAGUAUGGACCCGGAGCUGGCGCUUGCGCUGAGGAUGUCUUACGAGGAGGAGAAAGCCAGGCAGGAGCGUGAGAGGAAGGCCCAGGAAAGCAAGGAAGGAAAGUCGGAGCUCGAGGGUAUCGCGGAGGAGGGUGGAGAUGAGAGCAAGCCUCUUCUGGACAAGAGCGGCGAGCCGAGCGGCUCUGGAAGUGGCAGCAAGGACUCGAGCGACAAGAAGGACAAGGAUGAUGGCGACAAGAUGGACACGGCAUGA